UGGCCACAGUGCCGAUGGGGAGAAAGCCUGGCCUGGGUCUAACUUCAAUCCUGCCUGCUGCCAAGCGUGCCCCUUGCUUCUCCCUCUUUGUGCUCUGCAGAGAAGGAAUACUUGCCCCAUGGCUCAGGACAACCUAGGACUUGAGCCAUCCCGCUGCCCACUGCCCCUGCCACCCCAGGCAGCCCGUCUCCACUCAGGGCCUCAGCUUUCCAUCUGGGCAAUGGGCCUGAAGCUGGAUAACGAGGGAAGCCUCAGAGAUGGUCCCCGGGGGUCGGCUUCGCCUGCGGGACCCCAAAAGGACCAGGUCGGUCCUGGCUCCGCGCCCCCAGCCCGGCUGGAGAUGGAGAGCAGAGGAGACCAGACCGCGGGGGUGGGGGUGGGGGGGGAACGGGAGAACACUGCUGCAUUUCUGGUCCGAGUUCUUUCUUUUUUUAAAAUCACCGCAGUUGAAAGAGCGACUCCUCCCUCCGUCCUGCGCCUGCCACGUGGGCCGCCCGGCAGCCGCCCCUGUCCCCCAGCCCUCCCUGGGCUGGGCCGGGCCGGCAGCAGGAGCUUUGGUUUCACUUUGGUGCCACCGGUUUCACUUUCGGGCAGGAGAAGAAAAGAGAAGGCCGAGCAAGGGAUGGAGAGCGCACAGGAGGCUCCGCCGGCCACAGGGUCAGCCGCCUGCCCGCCGCCUCGGCCGCCGCACUCCCAUCCCAGGGGGCUGCCUCCUGACCUUACUCCUGGCCCGGGGAUUCUCAUCUCUCUCAGAGUCAAGGUCAAGGGGUCAAGGUCAAGUUCGCUAGUGAUUGUGGGCGGGGCAAGCCACCUCCUCCGUCUGGGCUCCUUUCCCCAAACCCACCCCCUUGAAAGUGGGGCUGAGAGUCACUCCACCAGCCAACAUCAAGGACAGUCCCACCACGUCCCCAGUGGGGAGCGGGUGGGGCAAGGUGCAAAGCAGAACAGGAUGUCGGGUCAGCUGACUUCCCCCGGCAAGAGACCCUUUGGCCCAGAAACCACUAGGAAGGAGGCUCCAUGUGGUCCGAGUCUGGGCCUGGAUAUGUGUGUGUGUUGUGGGGGGGGCGGGAGAGGACAGUGUCCCUGAAGCCACCUGCCGUGGCAUCUGUCUGGCAGACCCAGGCUGGAAGCCCAGCUGCUCUGCUGGCUUUCCGGCACACCUGCCCGGCUCUGGGACUCAAGUGUUCUCAUCUGUGAAAUGGGCGUGGCCUUGUUGCUUAGCCCCAUGCGCCCCUCCCCUCCUUGGGGGGCCCUGCUGCCCUUGUGCAGAAUGGGGGUCCACUGCCUUCUGAGCCUGAGAGCCACACCAGGGCAAGAACCGGGCCCCAUGCCCCUGUCUCUGCAGCACAGGUUCAGGGCCUGGUAGAGGACUCGCCAGACAGGACCGGGGAGUCACCCGAGGCAUAUGUCAAUAACAUGGCGUGGGCAAGAUAGACAAUGUGUGUGCCAAUGGGACAGGGUGGCUUGUUUUUUUAAUAACAGCUUCAUUGAGAUAUUAAUUCACCCACUUCAAGGGUAUAAUUCACUAGUUAGUACAUUCACGGAGCUGUGCAACCACUACCACUAAUUCUGGAACGUCCCAUCGCCCCAGAAAGAAGCCCUAUCCCUUCCCCUCCCCACCCCCGGCCCCCACGAGCCCCCUUCCCGUCGUGGUUGAGCCUGUUCCGGACGUGUCACCCACGUGGACUCACACCAAGUGGGCCCUUCUGUGUCUGGUUCCCUCCCUGAGUGUCGUGGGCUCGGGGUCCGUCCCCGGGGCCGCACAUGUGGGCGCCUCGCUCCUGCUCGCGGCCGAGGGACGCCCCCGUGCGUGGGGGGACACACUGUGUGUAUCUGCUCUUCAGCUGAUGGACAUCUGGCCUGUUUCCAGCCUGGGCUCCGGUGAAUCACACUGCUGUGAAUGGGGGCAGGUGUUACGGUGACCACAACAAGUGUUGACUAGUGCGUGUCCACCCCCCAAACCCACUGCCAAGUCCGAGGCCACGAAGAUGGAAGGUGGGAGAAAAUCCAACAAGCAGCGAUGCUGAAGGUUCACUGGAAGGGCGGCGGAUCUUCUCCAGGGCCCAUGUUCUGUGGCCCCACUGCCAAGCCUUGGCCUCCGGGGGUUCCCCUGCUGGGGAUGCCCCCUGCCCGAGGGCCCUUGGUGACCCUCCUUCACAGGCGGUUCUCGGCGAGAACACCCAGUCCACGGGGUUCUGCCUCGCUUUGCCUUUAGCCUUAUGGGCGCUGUGAGUUCUGUCCAGCUCUAUGGCCAGGCUGCGGACCCCGGAGCGGGGCAUCGGUGGAUCGAAAAGACAGUGACUGAGUCAGAAGAAAGCGUGGCUUUGGCGACGGCAGCAUGGCCGGCGCUUGUCCUGGGAGGGAGGCCGACUUCCGCCUCUGACCUGAGGCUUCCUGCCCGGCACAUACCUCCGCCCAGAGGGCUGGCUGAGCACCCUUCUCUGGACUCCCCACCUUCCAGAAGGUUCCGGGCCCCCUCUGCCCACAUCCCUCCUGCCGCACCGUGUCCUGGACUAUGGCCACAGGAAGUCCACUGGUCUGGGCAGGGAGGCUGGGACACAGAUGCUCUGCCUCUUGGUCCAUCAAACUGGGGUAGGGUUUAGGGCUGAGUCAGGCUCUACACCCUCGGCAUCGUCCCCGGGGUGCUGUGGGGGUGGAGCAGCACCCCCAGCCCCACCCCCUCGAUGCCAGGAGCUCCCCAGUGUGACCACCACAGACGUCCCAGACAUGGCCCAGUGCCCCCUGGGGGCAGGGUUGCCCUAGGUGAGACCCCUGGGGGGCCGCACACAUUUGGAUACACACACUGAGGGACAUCUGGCUGGCUCUGUCGGUGGAGUGCGCGGCUCCUGACCUCGUGAGCUUGAGCCCCACCUAGAGCUUACUUAAAAAUAAACAGAUAAACACACAGUGGGAGGGAGAGAGGGGGUGACUCAUAGACACCGAGGUCACCCUGGUUUGUACCCUGGGGGCUUUACUCUGGGGUCCAGCAUGAGC